AUGGUGUUUUACUGCAGAGAACUCGUCAAAGAUCCUUUAUAUGACAGGAGCGCGCCGCUGGCCUGCUUGGAAAUCCCCUCAGAGAUCCUCUAUGGUUCCUGCUGCGUACACGCUAUGGAGGCGACACGCACUGCACACACUUUGCAAAGUUUGCGUCCCCCUCACGGCGGUGACGAGACGCAAUCUCCUCACGACUCGGCGGAACUCGGACGGAAGCGGCGACUCCUCCCCGGCGUGGCCAGGAGCAGGUGUGUCCGGGGGGAGGCUGCAGCGGAGAGCAUGAGCGCGGCCGAGGACGAGCAGUCUCCUGAGGGGGUGCUGCUGAUCGCUCCCAGCCCGCCAGGUGGACUGCGUGCGGCGGCGGAGGAGGACCAGGACCAGGACCAGGACCAGGACCAGGACCCCCUUGAACUUUCCUACCUGGCCGAGGACGAGGACGAGGGCUCCGGCAGCUCGGUCGACUACGGCUUCAUCACCGCCGUCUCCUGCCUGCUGACGGGCAUCUCCCUGGUGGCCAUCACCUACACGGUGCCCCGGGAGGCGCGCGUCGAGCCGGACGGCGUCUCCGCCCGGGAGAUGGAGCGCCUGGAGCGGGACAAGGCGAGGCUGGGCGCCCACCUGGACCGGUGCGUCAUGGCCGGGCUGUGCCUGCUCACCCUGGGCGGCGUGCUGCUCUCCAGCCUGCUGACGGCGUCCAUGUGGAAGGCGGAGAUGCUGCGCAGGAGGGCCGUACUGGCGCACGCCCAACACGCGUCCAACUUGUACGGCUCCAUCGGGUGGAGGACGGUGACCGGCUGCGGUCCGGACGAGGACUCGGAGGUGCUCGGAUACGCGCGGGACUAAAUGACGCUCCCGACAACUUUCACUUUCCCUUUCACUCUUGCUUGAUUGCGUGGCCUU